AUGGACUACACAACCAUAUUUUCCAAUCUCUAUACUGUUUUAAAAGCAGCAUCUUCAAAAUGUAAGGUAAUAGACGAGAAAUUUCCCAGUGAAUUCUUCGAGAAGGACCCUAAAAAGAUAUUUACUGCAUACGGCAAAUUUUUGAAGUCCAGAAGUGAUGCUGAGGGCAACAUCAAAGACGAAGAUGAGAUUUCUCUUACCACAAUAUCUACGCGUUUCGAGCAGAAUGAAUACAGCAAAAGAGAAGAUGGGCUCUAUGGAUUGUACCAUGAUCUUAAACUAGUUUGUACUCUGUUAGUUCAUUUUCACCCACAAGGGACUAGAAAUUACCAAAUGGUUGAUAAGUUUUAUAAAUUUGCCACUGAAUUACUGUUGAGAGAGUGCUAUAGGUUGGGUAUCAUGCUACUCGAAGAUGAUAUGGACCAAUACUCAGAGGAAAAGACAGCUUUUUACAACACUGUAUCAUACGACUUCAUUAAGAUUUCAGUGGGAUACUCGGUACCCUAUGUUGAAAACUAUUAUAUAUCAUCUGGUGAUAUGGACCUCUUUUCAUCAGCUAUUUCUAAGUCCUCCCUUGAUCAAAGGAACACUGAGCUACCCAAUAAUAACUUUACAGUAAACAAGGUUGUUACCAGAAGUGAGGACAACAUCGCGCCUCCUAUGGGAUUCCUUGCUGCCAAUGUGAGCAAUAUUCCAGAUCCUACGCUGCCUCCGACUGAAAUGAUGACAAAAUUUCUACAUCCCAAUUGGUAUGCUUUACCAACGACAGUCUGGCUAGAGUAUGGUGAUUACAAAUCUUGGGCACCAUGCUUUAAUGAGAGCGGAACAGUUUUGGAUGCGGGCCGUAGGGGUAUCAUAUGGUUGGAAAAGAUUGGGUACAUGACGCUUUGGAGAAUGAAGAGCAAUGAUGAAAAGGAAAAAAAGACCGGAGAAAAGACAGAAUCUAAUCAGACAGAAAAUAAUAUAGACCGUGGAGUGGAUGAUGAAAUCAAUGGAGGGACAGAUGAUGAAGCCAAUGGAGGGAAAGAUGCCGAUAAGGAUAACCAAAACGACGUCAAAGGAGAAGACGAUUUCAAUGGAAAAGAAGUGGUUUCUCCCAAAGAGUUGGCACCUUCUGAACCAAUAUCCAUCAAACUUGAAAAUCUUUACAACUGGUCACCUGGGAACAACAUUCAACAAGAUGAGUUGAAAGCUUUUUCAGAGGGAUUGCAAAGCAAGCUAAUCACGGAAACAUUACUUAAAAUAAAAAUACUCAAGCAAAAGAGACUUAAGCUAAAAAGAGUUUCGAACCCAUCAUCUGAAGAAAGAAGGCUAUUCUUUAAAGUUCAAAGACUAUUAAGGGAAGUGAUAAUUGCUAAACAACCAAAAUCAGUGCCUCAGGCAUAUGCUAGGUCAUUCCCUGUCCUUCAAGCGAAUUAUACGGGUAGCAUACCUGUAGCACGGACGAUGCAAAUGAGGAAGAAAAAAUACAAGAAAUAG